CGUGAUGAUCAGAGGACGUUUACUAGAUAUAAAAAAUCAGCUCAACUUAGACGCAAGAAUACAACUUUUAUCUGGACAGCUUAAUAGACUUACGGGAUAUGAACGUAUAGAGAAUUUAAAAGCCGUAGUCAUCAAAGCAGAGCAGAGCAUCAAGCAGUCGAGAACGAUGUUAAUAGAUAGCAAGCGAGAGUAUACCAAAUAUACAGAACUACGCAGGCAGUCGCAGAAACAGGUCAAUGAUUUACUCUCGAAUAAGUCCAGUUGGGGCGACACAGAGUUAAACAAGUUCACACAGCUUGUCAAGAGCGAUCAUAGUAUAGAGAAACUAGAGAAGGAGUUUAUGCAAAAAGUAGAAGAAUAUGAGAAGCUCGUAGAUAGAGGCUUCGAAAAGCUCUUGAAAAGCAUCCUAGAGAGGUACCAUGAAGAGCAGAUAUGGUCCGAUAAGAUACGAUCUAUGUCCUCAAACUACACCCUCAUCGCCCUGUCCGUCAAUGUCUUGGUUUUCCUCAUGGCAAUCGUCUUUAUAGAGCCAUACAAGAGAAAUAGAAUGCUGAGGGAGCUGGAAAUAAACCUAGACAAAGAUCAGGUGAAGAUACUUAGCCAAAUUGAUAGCAUAAGGGAGGAAAUUUCGACAUUAAAAACCCCCGCUACGGUUGUAGAUCAACCGGAUAUGCCAGCACCCCUUGGACCUGAACCACCAUCAACUAGCACCCAAUUUGAGAAAAUCUACAACAACCCAUUCACGACACUAUCCAUCGGUAUAUUGAUAGGUUUAUCCUCGAUUAGAUACAUAUGUUGAUCAUCCUUCCCUUCCGCGUCCUCUUGUUGAUAGCACUCGGAUUGUAUUUAUUUAGUAAUGUUUUACACAAAUAUAAAAAUAUUUUCAGCAUAAAUUUCAAACCAGUCUGGCUCAUCAUCAUCAGCUACACCCUUGUCGUUCUUUCUAGUCUGGUGUUAUACACCUCCACAGCGAACGACUUGGAUAGCAAGGCAUUUAUACCAACACUCACAUACAUCGCAUUACUUUUAACAUUAUGUUAUCCCUUCAAUGCUUUGUUUAGACACCAGCGGUUUCAAUUCAUCGGCACUUUAGGUGAAAUCGUUUAUUCACCAUUUCAAGUCACAUUUAAUCAGGUUUUACUGGCGGAUAUUCUGACAUCCUACGCAAAGGUAUUUGGAGAUUUCUAUACAUCGCUCGUUCAAUGCUUAGACCCGGAGAGUAAUUUCGCUAUCACACCCCCUUCAGCUAAUUAUAUGGCACCUGUCUUUACAGCAAUACCGUACAUACUUCGUUUCAAGCAAUGUAUUGUUGAGUACGUCGCUAGCAAUUUCACACAGAAAAAGUCACUCCUAAACGCUCUAAAAUACGCGUCUUCUUUCCCCGUCAUUGCUUUCUCUGCUCUACAUAGGUACAACAAUACGGCAUAUAAUUGGUGGCUCAUUAGCGUAAUUGUCAAUUCUCUUUUUUCAUUCUGGUGGGAUGUAAGAAAUGACUGGGGGUUGAACUUCUUGGAUAGUGACGUGUGGCUUAGAAAUGGCAGUACACCGAAAACUUCGCUUAGAGAUGUGCAGCUAUAUAAAGAAAGUUACAAGUACUAUAUCGCCAUCUUCAUUGAUUUCAUCUUGAGAUUCACCUGGUCACUCAAACUUUCAUCACAUUUGCACACUUAUGUUGAGUUAGAGUCUGGAGUAUUCGCAUUGGAGAUAUUGGAAAUCUUCCGAAGGUACUUAUGGUGCUUCUUUAGACUAGAAUGGCAAGUCAUCAAAUCAAAUCCACAUGAAUAUACAAGUAUACCCAUCCAUCAGUACAAUAACUAAAGUAGUUUUAAUAAAUUAGGUUUUUAAU